AUGUUGGCAGAAGGCAUCUUAACUAGACUCAUCUAUAAAGAAAGCUGUCAGCAAGAUAAGCCUCGCAAAUCUCCUGCAUGCAAGAAGGAUAAAGAGGGAAUCUGGAGAGACAAACUUGUAGACAACCCCAAAAUUAAAGGCUUUGCUGGUGGCCUGGAGGAGCAGGAUGAGAUCUCUUCUAGAAACAGCAAAAUGGAACGUGGGGAUGGUCCUCAGUGGAGAUCUGGGAAAGAGGUACCUGUCAAAGAGCAGGAAAUGCUGGUGAAAGGAGACACAUCAGCAGCUUUGCCUAUCCCCAGGAGAGGGAAAAGCCUUGAGCAGCUGGAUCUCUACAGAUCCUACUCCUGUUCCUGCAUUUACCAAAACUAUCCUGACUUGCACAUUGGGGGAGACCAUGUGGGAGACCACACAUGUGACUCGGGGUGUGUUUUGGACCACGUGUGUGAUGAACUUCCUGAUGGGCCCAUGUUACCUUCCAUAGAUAUUCCUCUAGGUGAACCCCCCCUAUGUGAGCAUCCCCAAAAGCCACAUGCAAGGUCCCUGGCUGGAGAUGAAGCUGGAGAAAGGAGCAUCGUGCUCUGUGAGGAGCCUCUUUCAAACUCUGUGCUCAACAAGUACAUGGAAAGAAAAGUGGCAGAGCUCUACCAACAGGUUUUUGAAGAACACUUGGCCAGGUGUGGCUCUGUGACAAACCUCCUCAUGUGCAGCUUGCUAAGGAAUAACCUCAAUCAGAUAAGCUUUCAGAUAUCCCAGGAGAUGGAAACCUCCAAAGCCAGAGAGAUGCUCUUGCACUCCUUGGCUUUGUUUAGUUUCCACAACACUGCCAGUAGAAGCAGCUCUGAGCUCAGUACUCCCAGCUUACAGAUCUCCAACCCAUCAGCUGUAAGGAAGAGCUGCAAGAUGCAGGUCACCUCCUGA